GCACGAGAUACAGCAGUCGGUUGCCAAUCAUUUACCCAGUAUAUAUCCGGGUGGGAACUCAUGCGGCUGCUCGUCCGCCGUACCCAAUCGGAGCGCCGUGUUACGUUUCAAAGCCUUACUAGCCUAUGCAGGGCUCAUGAAUGCUCUUAGGGUAGGUUUACUUUUUCGUUAGGGCACAACGUAAAAAUCGUAGUGCGUUCCACCUUUCCAGGAAGCGCAUUUGGCCUUGGUUCGGAGCUCAGCAUAAUUGAAGCAUGUCCUUCAUUUCUGCUCGUGAUCAUGGCGCGAAGCCAGGAUCUGGCGGACCUGCAACAGCUCAGAAUGAGGCCAUUGACCGUCGUGAGCGCCUUCGACGGCUGGCGCUCGAGACCAUAGACCUGAGCAGGGAUCCCUACUUCAUGCGUAAUCACUUAGGGCAAUAUGAAUGCCGUUUAUGCUUGACGCUCCACACCAACGAGGGAAAUUAUUUGGCUCACACACAAGGCAAGCGGCAUCAGCAGAACCUUGCAAAGCGUGCAGCACGAGAGGCGGCGGAAAAGGCAGCAGUACCGGCGCCUCACAAACGCGCUCCCAUCCGGAAAACAGUUAAAAUCGGGCGACCUGGUUACCGCGUCACUAAACAGUACGAUGCCAGUACACAGCAGCGCUCCCUGCUUUUUCAAGUCGAGUACCCUGAGAUUGAGGAGAGCGUGAAGCCGCGGCAUCGCUUCAUGUCGGCGUACGAGCAGCGUGUGGAGACAGCUGAUAAAGCCUUCCAGUAUCUGAUUUUUGCUGCGGAGCCAUACGAAAAUAUCUCUUUCAAAGUACCCAAUUCGGAAGUUGACCGCUCUGAUGGCAAGAUGUUCACUCAUUGGGACCCCGACAACAAGAUCUUCUCCCUGCAGUUUUAUUUUGCAAGACAACGAGGUGGCUGUGUGUGUCGAGCCAGACCACGAGUGUGUCGCCACCCGCCAACCUUGGGUAUGCACCCGCAUUGUGGCUUGCCCGGAUCCUACCCUCCUCGACCACGCAGCGCAGGCACUAAGCCCUUAAUGCCCCCGCCUUUCUUACGUCCGCUAGUCAUUUUCAUUGUCGUACAAGCACCCGUAGGGAGAAACUCGCUAGUCAUUUUCAUCCGUGUCGUACAGGCACCCCUAGGGAGAGUCUCGCUAGUCAUUUUCGAACUGCAAAUCCGUAAUCUCUGUCGUAAAAGGCACUUGUUGGAGAUUCUCCCUAGUCAUUUUCGCGCGCUUCGGUAUUAG